UGUGUCUUAAUUACAAUUAACCAAUGUUCUCUUAAAAUUAAGAGAGCCAACACAAAACUAACUUAAUUUGCCUUCAAUGGCUUCUUCAGCAGCAGCCAUCGUCUUCUCAUACUCAUCUUUUCGUUCUUCACCAAUCCAGAACCAUUAUGUCACACGCUAUGCUCCUGGAUCUUCCUCCGUCGUUUCUUUCAACCGCCGUCGAGCUUCCCGCCGAGGUCUCGUCGCCGUGAAAUCGGCGCUUAUCGAGCCGGACGGGGGAAAACUCAUGGACCUAGUCGUGGAAGAAUCACGGCGGCGCGCGAUGAAACGCGAGGCUGAGACGGUUCCCGUAAGGAUCAAGCUGAACCGUGUGGAUCUUGAGUGGGUACAUGUGCUAAGCGAAGGCUGGGCUAGUCCCCUCAAAGGUUUCAUGAGACAGUCAGAGUUCCUCCAAACACUUCAUUUUAACUCGAUCCGGGUUGAAGACGGCUCCGUCGUCAACAUGUCGGUUCCGAUCGUCCUCGCCAUCGAUGACGAUCAGAAGUUCCGCAUCGGUGAUUCCAACCGUGUCACGCUCGUUGACUCGGUUGGUAACCCUAUCGCAAUACUCACCGAUAUUGAGAUUUACAAGCAUCCGAAAGAAGAAAGAAUCGCGAGAACAUGGGGAACCACGGCUCGUGGACUUCCUUAUGCAGAAGAAGCAAUCACCAAAGCUGGAAACUGGUUGAUCGGAGGUGAUUUACAAGUUCUUGAACCUAUCAAGUACAACGAUGGUUUAGACCGGUUUAGGCUAUCUCCAUCACAGCUGCGGGAGGAGUUUACAAGGCGUGGUGCGGACGCGGUGUUCGCGUUUCAGCUUAGGAACCCGGUCCAUAAUGGUCAUGCGCUUCUUAUGACUGAUACUCGUAGAAGGCUUCUUGAGAUGGGUUACAAAAACCCUGUCUUGUUGCUUAAUCCACUUGGUGGAUUCACUAAGGCUGAUGAUGUGCCUCUUAGUUGGCGUAUGAGGCAACACGAGAAGGUGCUGGAGGAUGGUGUUCUUGAUCCAGAGACCACUGUAGUGUCCAUCUUCCCAUCUCCAAUGCAUUAUGCUGGCCCGACCGAGGUUCAGUGGCACGCCAAAGCUAGGAUCAACGCUGGAGCGAACUUCUACAUUGUUGGUCGUGAUCCAGCCGGUAUGGGCCAUCCAAUGGAGAAGAGGGAUCUUUAUGAUGCUGAUCACGGGAAGAAAGUGCUCAGUAUGGCUCCAGGACUUGAACGCCUCAACAUUCUUCCUUUUAAGGUCGCUGCAUAUGAUACAACUCAGGGAAAAAUGGCCUUCUUUGAUCCUUCUAGGUCUCAAGACUUCCUCUUCAUAUCAGGAACCAAGAUGCGUGGCUUGGCGAAGAAGAAAGAGAACCCACCAGACGGUUUCAUGUGCCCUUCUGGUUGGAAGGUGUUGGUUGAUUACUAUGACAGUCUCAGCGCAGAGUCUGGUAAUGGAAGGGUAUCAGAAGCUGUUGUUUCUGCUUGAAUUCCAAAGUCUCCGUGUCCCACAAGUCUCACAUUGCCUCUUUGUUAGUAACCAAGCUAUGUAACAGAAAGCUUGCAAUAAAACCAAUGUAACAUCUGUGUGUUCUUUGCGUCUCUGUUGUCAAACUUGUCAUCAAGUCGCACUGCUUUGUACCAUAUUUGCUUAUUAUUGUUUUAUAAAUGAAAAACAUAUUGUGUAUUGUGAUCAA